UAAACGUGGUCUGCUUGCUGAUGGCAGAAUGGCACUCGGAGAUUUGUGCAUUGUGUCUGGUUUCCUACGGGCAGGCUGACCCAGUGCCUCCAGGGACUUAUCAAUAGACCACUCAGAAGAGACACAGACAGGAGAGAGGAGGAGGGGUGGGGGGAGAGAGAGAGAAUCAAUAUCAAGAAUAGAAGGAGCUCCGAAGCCAUUUUUUUUUUAAAGAAGUAUCGGGACUUGGGAGAGGGUGACAAAGAAGGUUUUUCAAAGAGGCAGUGGAGGAGGUUCUAAUAAAUUUGGAAGGAAACAGUUCCCUGUCUUGGGAAAAGGAGAACUCCUGACUGAUUAGCAUUCACACCAGCUAAGCCUUCAUAUGUGGAAGAAAAACUCAAACCUUUUCCCUUUCCACACUUUACGGAAGAUAAGAUGCAGCUGCUCUCUGUUCCCUGCCCCAAUGAACAUCUGCACUAGGCCCAAGCCUUGGAGUGAUUUACCUGAAGAGUGACACCAUUUAUUUGGAAACUACUAUGAGGAAACUGAAGCCCAGAGAGGUGAAGUGAGGUGCCCAAGGCCACACAGCAAGUUAGAGGCACAGCUAGUACCAUAGCUCAAGUCUCCUGACUCCCAGUCCAGUGCUCCUCCCAUUACUCCACGGGUCCUGUCUCUAAGCUUCCUGACAAAUGCUAGAACGGAAGAAACCCAAGACAGCUGAAAACCAGAAGGCAUCUGAGGAGAAUGAGAUUACUCAGCCGGGUGGAUCCAGCGCCAAGCCGGGCCUUCCCUGCCUGAACUUUGAAGCUGUUUUGUCUCCAGACCCAGCCCUCAUCCACUCAACACAUUCACUGACAAACUCUCGCGCUCACACCGGGUCAUCUGAUUGUGACAUCAGUUGCAAGGGGAUGACCGAGCGCAUUCACAGCAUCAACCUUCACAACUUCAGCAAUUCCGUGCUCGAGACCCUCAACGAGCAGCGCAACCGUGGCCACUUCUGUGACGUGACGGUGCGCAUCCACGGGAGCAUGCUGCGUGCACACCGCUGCGUGCUGGCAGCCGGCAGCCCCUUCUUCCAGGACAAGCUGCUGCUGGGCUACAGCGACAUCGAGAUCCCGUCCGUGGUGUCGGUGCAGUCGGUGCAAAAGCUCAUUGACUUCAUGUACAGCGGCGUGCUGCGCGUCUCGCAGUCAGAAGCCCUGCAGAUCCUCACGGCCGCCAGCAUCCUGCAGAUCAAAACAGUCAUCGAUGAGUGCACGCGCAUCGUGUCGCAGAACGUGGGCGAUGUGUUCCCAGGGAUCCAGGACUCGGGCCAGGACACGCCGCGGGGCACUCCCGAGUCAGGCACAUCUGGCCAGAGCAGCGACACCGAGUCAGGCUACCUGCAGAGCCACCCGCAGCACAGCGUGGACAGGAUCUACUCGGCGCUCUACGCGUGCUCCAUGCAGAACGGCAGCGGCGAGCGCUCCUUCUACAGCGGGGCGGUGGUCAGCCACCACGAGACUGCCCUCGGCCUGCCCCGCGACCACCACAUGGAAGACCCCAGCUGGAUCACGCGCAUCCACGAGCGCUCGCAGCAGAUGGAGCGCUACCUGUCCACCACCCCCGAGACCACGCACUGCCGCAAACAGCCCCGGCCCGUGCGCAUCCAGACCCUGGUGGGCAACAUCCACAUCAAGCAGGAGAUGGAGGACGAUUACGACUACUAUGGGCAGCAAAGGGUGCAGAUCCUGGAGCGCAACGAAUCCGAGGAGUGCACGGAAGACACCGACCAGGCCGAGGGCACCGAGAGUGAGCCCAAGGGCGAAAGCUUCGACUCGGGCGUCAGCUCCUCCAUAGGCACUGAGCCUGAUUCGGUGGAGCAGCAGUUCGGGCCCGCGGCGGCCCGGGACGGCCAGGCCGAACCGGCCCAACCCGAGCAGGCUGCGGAAGCCCCUGCUGAGGGCGGCCCGCAGCCACACCAACUAGAGACAGGUGCCUCCUCCCCGGAAAGAAGCAACGAGGCGGACAUGGACAACACGGUCAUCACUGUCAGCAACAGCUCCGACAAGAGCGUCUUGCAGCAGCCUUCGGUCAACACGUCCAUCGGGCAGCCAUUGCCAAGCACCCAGCUCUACUUACGCCAGACAGAAACCCUCACCAGCAACCUGAGGAUGCCUCUGACCUUGACCAGCAACACGCAGGUCAUUGGCACAGCCGGCAACACCUACCUGCCGGCCCUCUUCACUACCCAGCCCGCGGGCAGUGGCCCCAAGCCUUUCCUCUUCAGCCUGCCACAGCCCCUGGCAGGCCAGCAGACCCAGUUUGUGACAGUGUCCCAGCCCGGCCUGUCGACCUUUACUGCACAGCUGCCAGCGCCACAGCCCCUGGCCCCAUCCGCAGGCCACAGCACAGCCAGUGGGCAGGGCGAAAAAAAGCCUUAUGAGUGCACUCUCUGCAACAAGACUUUCACCGCCAAACAAAACUACGUCAAGCACAUGUUCGUACACACAGGUGAGAAGCCCCACCAAUGCAGCAUCUGUUGGCGCUCCUUCUCCUUAAAGGAUUACCUUAUCAAGCACAUGGUGACACACACGGGAGUGAGGGCAUACCAGUGUAGCAUCUGCAACAAGCGCUUCACCCAGAAGAGCUCUCUGAACGUGCACAUGCGCCUGCACCGGGGGGAGAAGUCCUACGAGUGCUACAUCUGCAAAAAGAAGUUCUCCCACAAGACCCUCCUGGAGCGACACGUGGCCCUGCACAGUGCCAGCAACGGGACCCCUCCCGCGGGCACACCCCCGGGUGCCCGCGCCGGCCCCCCAGGCGUGGUGGCCUGCACGGAGGGGACGACUUACGUCUGCUCCGUCUGUCCAGCAAAGUUUGACCAAAUCGAGCAGUUCAACGACCAUAUGAGGAUGCACGUGUCUGACGGAUAAGUAGUAUCUUUCUCUUUUUCUUAUGAACAAAAGAAAACAACAGAAAAGAAACAAACAAACAAAAAAAGCUAUGGCACUAGAAUUUAAGAAAUGUUUCGGUUUCGUUUUUACUUUCUGUUUUUGUUUUCGUUUCGUUUCUUUUUGUACUACAUGAAGAACUGUUUUUUGCCUGCUGGUACAUUACAUUUCCGGAGGCUUGGGUGAAUAAUAGUUUUCCCAGCCUCCCUCGGAUGGUGGCCUUAAGGCCUGGUAGUGCUUCAAGGGGUCCACUGGUUGGAUCUCUAGCUACUGGCCUCUAAAUACAACCCUUCUUUACAAAAAAAUCUUUAAAAAAAAGUAAAAAAAAAAAAAAAUUUUUUUUUUCACUUGUGAAGAGCACUACAAAAAUAUAUAACAAAAUCUAAAAGGCCUACUGUCUUUAAGUACACCGCUUGCAGUGUUUCAGUGGACAUUUUCACAAUGCUGGCCGCUUGGACUUCACAGUAACCAGUCAAAACUGUGGAAUAUCACUUCUGGUUGAAAACCCAGAGGAAAGGCCCUACUGUUUUCCACCUACCACAUUGUCUGAUUUCAUAAAAGGGCUGUGGGGGUGGGAAGGGGCAGUGGGUUCGGAGGUGUGGGAAAGGCAAUGGCAGGCUUCUCUCCCAGAUUCUGCUUGGGUCCACACACCCUGGCCCACCUCCUCCAUAUCCCCCCUCUCAGCAGAAGCCAGGAAGACUUGGACAAGCAUCAAGCAACAGUGGCUAUCGUAUUUAUUCAGUGUCUUCGCUGAGCCACAGCCUCAGCACAAUCAAGAGGGACUUUCAUGAAGGCAGGAAUGCAGAUAAAACAAAGAUAUCAGAGGUUUGCACCUACGUUUCUAGGUACAAGAGAAGGAUUAUUUCCAACAAUCUUUGCAAAAAACAAA